UUGUUGUAUGGUCAGCGAAAUAUGAUAAUCACGGGUUAAUUAAUUAAUUUUGUUAUUUUUAUCACGGAUUAGUUGUAAAAAAAUAUGUGGAGCAAUUAACUAUCAUAUCAUAUAAUAUAAUCAAAAUGGCUUUAGAAGAAGAAGAAGCAGUAGUUGUUAACAUGGAGAAGAUUGAAAAGAAUCAGCAGUUGCAAAAGUUUGGAAGAAACGAUUCUCUUGAAAUGGAAUCUCGCAUUUUCUCCACCUCCCACACCCGUGCCUCUAAAGGGCCAUCAACGGCGACAGUACUGCAACUGGCGUUUCAAAGCAUUGGAAUUGUGUACGGAGACAUUGGAACGUCGCCGUUGUAUGUGUUUUCAAGCACGUUCAGUGAUGGCAUCAAGCACAAUGAUGAUAUUUUGGGAGUUUUUUCCUUAAUUUUUUAUACCCUCACUUUCAUUCCUCUUUUUAAAUACGUCUUUAUCGUCCUACAUGCCACCGAUAACGGCAAUGGUGGAACUUUUGCUCUAUACUCUCUGAUAUGCCGUUACGCGAGAGUGGGACUUAUUCCGAAUGAAGAAUUAGAGGAUGCACAGGUUUCUAAUUAUCAGCUACAGUUGCCAAACAACCGUGAUAAGAGAGCAUUCAAGCUUAAAUCUAUGCUUGAGAACACUCACUUUUUUAAACUCUUCCUCUUAUUUGCUACUAUGCUUGGCACUUCUAUGGUCAUUGGUGAUGGUGUUCUCACCCCUUGCAUCUCUGUUUUAUCUGCUGUGGGAGGGAUCAAACAAGCUGCUAGCCAAGUAACUGAUGACCAAAUUGUUUUGAUAUCAGUAGGAAUCUUGAUUGGGCUUUUCAUGGCUCAGAGGUUUGGAACCGAUAAAGUUGGUACCAGUUUUGCUCCUAUUCUCUGUAUAUGGUUCACAUUCAUUGGAGGUAUUGGCGUGUACAAUUUCGUGAAGCAUGAUCCAUCAGUUAUAAAAGCAAUAAAUCCAAAAUACAUAGUAGAUUAUUUCAUCAGGAAUAAGAAAGAUGCUUGGAUUUCUCUUGGUGGAGUUGUGAUGGCAAUAACAGGAACUGAAGCACUAUUUGCAGAUGUUGGACAUUUCACAGUUAGGUCAAUACAAAUAAGUAUGUGUUCUGUUACUUACCCUGCUCUGAUAUUGGCUUAUGCUGGGCAAGCCUCUUUUCUUCGCAAAAACAGUGAUCUUGUCAAUGACACAUUUUAUAAGUCUAUACCAGACUCUCUAUAUUGGCCAAUGUUUGUGAUUGCUAUUUUGGCAGCAAUAAUAGCUUCUCAAGCUAUGAUCUCAGGGACUUUCUCUAUAAUCCAACAAUCUUUAUCAUUGGGAUGUUUUCCGCGGGUGCAAAUUGUACAUACAUCAACCAAGUAUGAAGGACAAGUUUAUAUCCCAGAAGUUAAUUACAUCCUCAUGAUUGCUUGUGUUGCAAUCACUGUUGGGUUUAAAACUACCACAAAAAUUGGCAAUGCUUAUGGGAUAGCAGUGGUGUUUGUGAUGACUCUAACAUCAACUUUUCUAGUGCUAGUCAUGAUCAUGAUAUGGAAGACUAACAUAUUUUUUAUCAUUAGCUAUAUUCUCAUCAUUGGUUCAAUUGAGCUUGUUUAUUUAAGCUCAGUUUUAUACAAAUUUGACCAAGGUGGCUAUCUUCCUCUUAUGUUUGCUGCAAUUCUAAUGUUCAUCAUGUAUGUUUGGAAUGACGUGUACCAAAGGAAGUACUAUUACGAACUCGAUCACAAGACACCCCUAGAGAAGUUCAGAGAGAUUGCUUGCGACGCAAGUUUAUGUCGAUUACCUGGUCUUGCAAUGUUUUACUCUGAGCUUGUUCAAGGUAUUCCACCAAUUUUCAAGCAUUAUGUUGCAAAUGUGCCUGCACUUCACUCUGUCCUUGUCUUUGUUUCCAUCAAAUCUUUGCCUAUUAGCAAAGUCCCUAUGGAAGAAAGGUUCCUUUUUCGCCGAGUUCAGCCUAAAGAACUCAAUGUAUUUCAAUGUGUUGUUCGAUAUGGAUACACCGAUGUACGCAAUAAGCAAGAGCCUUUUGAGAAGUUUUUGGUUGAGACGUUGAAGGAAUUUAUUGUUAAGGAAAAUUGGUGGUCCCAAAAAAUGCUACAAGAUGGUAAAAGCGAUGAAAAUUUGAAUGUUGAUGAAUUAGUACAAGUUAGUGAUGAAGAAAAACUACAAGAGGCGGUUGAAAAGGAGAUUGAGGCGGUUGAAAAAGCAACAAGGGCUGGUGUUGUUCAUUUGAUUGGUGAAAAUGAGGUAAUUGCUAGUAAAGGAGCUGGAAUUGGAAAGAGGAUUUUGAUUGAUUAUGCUUACAAUUUCAUGACGAAAAACUUGAGACAGAGUGAAAAAUUAUUUGAUAUUCCACACAAACGUAUGGUCAAAGUGGGAAUGACUUAUGAACUAUAAUAGUAAAUAAAUAAAACUGUGUACAAAUAUCAUAGAAAGAAAAAAAUAAGUUUAGUAUAUCCUUUAUUGAUAAUCCACUCACUCAAACUGUACUUGUUGUAGUUAUGGUUUAAAGGAAAAACCGAAAAAGAGGUUAUAAUGUUACAUUUUGAUUCACUUAAACAACUAGUGUUUUGUGGAAA